AUGAUAGGACAUGCUUUGCUGAGGUGGAAGGCUGCAGGUCCUGUCCUCUUACUGAUCUUCGUGUUCUCUGUCCUCCUCCUACUUCGCGAUGUUGGUCCACUCCCCUCGAUCGCAGUCGACUUCGACAGUGGACCGCAAGACCAGCCCGAGCCCGUUGCAACAACUGGCUCAGGCCCAACACCUUCUCCAACCUCGCCUCCCGAUCCAGACCGUAACAAAUACUUCCACGAGCCUGGUAUGAGCGAUCUCACACGACACUACGACUCCCGCUAUUUUAAAGAGGUCGUAACAGAGGAGGAACGUCAAGAAACCUUGACGCAUCUCAUUCAAUCGUACUUUGAUACUUUUCAGAAACUUGGUGUUGAGACAUGGAUUGCGCAUGGAACACUGCUGGGCUGGUAUUGGAAUGGCAAGAUAUUGCCGUGGGAUUGGGAUUUAGACACGCAGGUUUCAGACCACGGCUUGAGAACGCUGGCGGAAACUCACAAUGGCACUACGCACCGUUACCCUCCGAGCAAUGGACGCCCCGAACGACGCUACCUGCUCGAUGUUAACUCAUGGUCGUGGCAGCGGGAACAUGGGGAUGGUGCCAAUAUCAUCGAUGCACGCUACAUCAGCAUGGACACUGGGCUUUUCGUUGACAUAACAGGCCUGACGGAGCUCGAACCAGAUACCAAGCCAGGGAUAGUUAUGUGCAAGAACAAUCAUGAAUACAAGAUGGAAGACAUUUGGCCGCUCCGAGUGAGUGUUUUUGAAGAUGUUCGGGUCAAGAUUCCGAGGCACUACGAGGCCAUCCUGGCGGACGAGUACUCUCAGGAGGCGCUGGUACGGACUGAGUUCAACGGGCAUGUCUUUGACCCAAAGGUCAAAGAAUGGGUCAGGGUUGACGAUAAUAGCACAGUACAUGACUGA